AUGGAGAGGGGCGGGAAACAACAAGGACGUUCUGAUCCCCUCCCACUCAUGAUUCUCUGCCGCGUGCCGACGCGGAGCGUGCAGGGUAAGUCCCCGCCGCUAGCCAAUCAGGCCACGGCGCACGGGAGACCCUGGGCCCCGCGCGUUCUAGCAGCCCGCAGGCAGACCGUUCGGGCCUCGACAGGAGGGGAGGAGGAGGAGGAGGCGGAGGAUGAACAGGAAGGAGAGAGGAGGGAGGCAGGAGAGAGGGAGCCGCUCCCUCGCCGCCAGCAGGCCUGGCCAGCCUCCAGCAAGGGCGUCAGGCUCGGGGGAUAG